GCCAUUUUGUGCGAGUUGGCGGGCCGGCGCGGAGAAGCUUCGUUUUCUUUCUUCCCUGCCGGCUUUGGGUUGUCGCCUCCCCGUUUUCCUCAUCAUGACUGACCGCUACACGAUUCAUAGCCAGCUGGAGCACCUGCAGUCCAAGUACAUUGGGACGGGCCACGCGGACACCACCAAGUGGGAGUGGCUGGUGAACCAGCACCGGGACUCCUAUUGCUCGUACAUGGGUCACUUCGACCUCCUCAACUACUUCGCCAUCGCCGAGGACGAGAGCAAGGCGCGGGUCCGCUUCAACCUCAUGGAGAAGAUGCUGCAGCCGUGCGGGCCUCCCGCCGACAAGCCCGACGAGUCCUAGGGCGGACAUCGACCGCUUGGUUCUGCACUCCCCUAAGCGAGGAAGAGAAGCUGCGCCACUCACUGCGGAGUGGGUGGCCGACUGGACCUCCCCUGGCCAGGGGUGCCCUCCCUGGAACCAUCGCAUCGGGCUGGCUUGUCGAGCUCCAGGACUGACCUGCAGUUUUCUCUCCAACGUGGAAGAGAAGGACGCGGUUUGGGAGGUUCAUCAACUUGCCGCCCGAGAUAAAGUGUGACCGGCCGCUCCAGUGACUGGCAACUGCAGUGGACAGUUUCUCGGACUUUCUUAGGUGGAUAAGAGUGCAGAUGGAUUUUUUUAAGGACUCUUGACCGUGGUUUUUCUUUCCACGUAUCCUGUAACUUAUGAGGGGGAGCUCUGGUGACAUCCAUGUAAUAAAUGUUUCACUGGGAGUUUUUUUAAAUCCACUUGUGUGAUACAUUUAAUCACAAUAGCAAACGUGGUUAAAACCAUCGUCAGGGGGAGCUGUGGUGAAUGAAGGGCAAAUAGGGAGAAUGAAUCACUUCAGAGUUCUGUAAGAUUAAAGGUGACCGAAGAUUAGACUCAAAUAGUUGUAGGCAGAAAUAUAUUGAGAUGUGUUUGCUUCUACUCAGGAUUAUUCUUACAUUUUUGAAAUUUUUAUCAAAAUAACCAUGCACAAGAUGUUCUGUAAUCUGCUGCUUUUUGCCAUGAGCUUCAGGCAACAAUUCAUGCAAGUUACUGUUUACUCCUAGUUCCCUGAAAUGUUUUUUUAAAAUACCUAGACUGAUAGUACAUUUUUUAGAAAGUCAUGUGCUAUUAAAUAGGGUAGGAGAGAAGUGAUUGAACAACCAGAACGAAUAGUAUGGUGUGAAUUGCUGUUCCAUAUUGAAAAUGUAUUCCUUUGUUGUUUAUUUUAGAAAUAAGAAAGUUACACGUUCAGUCACAACUUGAUGAGUUCAGUGUGUAGCAAUACUUGGAUAAUUUAAUAGGGCUGGGGCUGCAGAGUGAAGGGGAGCAUGGCAGCCUUGCACUGCAGCAUAGUUAUAACACUUCUAUUAGAUGUUUGUGAAUUCAUUGAUGCAUUUAGGGACUUUCCAAAUGGUUAAAAAAAAUCAGCUUCAUUUGCUCCUUUCUUGCCCUGCUCAGAAAUUUGAAUAUUUAGUGCAUUCUUAGAUGAUUUACCUUAUUUUCACUUUUCUACGGUUGUUGGAAAAGUGGUUCUUGUUUUUUUGUAAAAGUCUCAUUCUUUUAUAUGACCUUGCUGUAGCAAUCUGCCUAGCUUCAAAUAUUGGUAGUUGAAUAACACAUUUCCUCCUGUUCCUACAACAAGAAGCAUAUAUUGGCAGAAAAAUUCUCAAAUCAGAAAAUGGUGACAAGGACAGGUUUUGUUUGGUGUCAUUUCCAUAAAUUUGUUGAGUGAUCACUUGGGGAAAAAAAUGUGAGUCCUAAGAAUCAUGAUCUUUCUUUAUUAUCAUGUAGUCUUGAUCCAUCAUACAAGUUUCAUGAGAUGCUGAAUGUCAUUUGCCAAGCUCAUCCCGUUACAGUACUGCAAAAAGUAAAGACUGCCAUGCUGAGCCCUG